UUUUUUGUACGAACAAGUUAGUAUAGAGCCCUGAAGGUUGGGAGCCAGGUGAAACAGAUGGGGAAACUGAACAAGGUUAUCAAGGAGCAGAGGGCCAAGCUCUACAUCAUCCGCCGCUGCGUCGUCAUGCUUCUCUGCCGGAGUGAUUGACCAAUCCAUCGAUUUGUUCGCCACAGAUCGAUGGGUGAUAUUUUAUUUCAACCGAUCGAUCCCUUCUGUUUUGGAUCUU